AUGGCGCUGUCCCUGACCGGCGAGCCGGGCCCCAAGGAGGCCGGAGACGCGCUCCGGCUGAGCCCAGGGAGCCUCGCGGCUUACUACCCCGCUUUCCUCCCUCCCGGCCAGUACUUCGAGGCGGCCCCCGACCUCUUCCACCCUCUCAAGCCCCUGGGCAGGCUUGUCACCGCCUCGCCGCCCUUGCCACCCUUCGGCUUCAGCAGCCUGCCCGCUUUCCUGAGCCAGCCGGCGGCCCCGCCGGCUCCUGUCCCGCUGCCCGCCCCGGCGGGCUCGCCGCCGCGGCCCUGCCCGAGCCCGCCCCGCCGGGGGGCCCGCAGCCCGGGGCGCCCGGGGCCGAGCCACAGGUACCACUUCACCGAGGAGGAGCUCAACACGGUGCUGUACGGGGCGCUCCGCAGCAGCCAGCUGGCCGGCAGCCUGCACGCCAUCUCGGGGCUCCGGCUGCCCCCCGGCAGCCCGGGUAAGGGGGCUGCCGACGGCCGGGCGCUGGCGACGGGGGCAGCGGGGCCUGGCGGCACGUCGGGGUGGGGGCGGCCGCCUCGCCCCCCGCGCGCCGGGGCAGCGCCGGCGGCGGCCGCGCUCACCCCGCGGCCCCUCUUCCGCAGGUGCGGCGGACUCGCCCUCCGCGCCGCUGCUCGACGGGGACUCGCUGCAGCUGCCCGAAGGUAGGGGCGCCCGGGCGCGCUGCCCCGCCGCGCCGCGCCGCCGCGCCGCGCCGCGCUCAGCCCCGCUUCCCCCGCAGGGCUGGCGGUGCUGCGGGCGGCCUACGGGGACGUGUCCCAGCUCGGAGUCUUCUGCACGGAUCCCAUCCCCAAAGGCGUGCGCUUCGGCCCUUUCCAAGGCAAAGUGGUCCACACCAGCGAGAUCAAGACUUACGAUGACAACUCCUUGAUGUGGGAGAUCUUUGAAUACGGGCGCCUGAGCCACUUCAUAGACGGGAAGGGAGCCGCUGGCAACUGGAUGUCCCUGGUAAAUUGUGCCAGGUUCCCUGAGGAGCAGAAUUUGACAGCUCUCCAGUGCCAGGGGCAAAUCUUCUAUGAAAGCUGCAAAGAAAUCUUACCGAAGCAGGAGCUGCUGGUGUGGUACGGGGAUUGCUAUGUGCAGUUUUUGGGCAUCCCCAUCAGCCUGAAGGGCAUGCCAGAAGGGAAGAGACCCCAGCAGCAAGCUGAAGAAGCUGGGGAGAGCUAUAAAUGCGAGAGAUGCGGCAAGGUUUUUGCGUACAAGUAUUACCGGGACAAGCACCUGAAGUACACCCGCUGCGUGGACCAGGGGGACAGAAAAUUUCCUUGCCACCUUUGUAACCGAUCCUUUGAAAAACGAGACAGGCUGAGGAUCCACAUCCUCCACGUCCACGAAAAGCACCGACCUCACAAGUGCUCAGUGUGUGGGAAGAGCUUUUCUCAGUCCUCCAGUCUCAACAAGCACAUGAGGGUUCACUCCGGAGAGCGCCCCUACAAAUGUGUGUACUGCAACAAGGCGUUCACAGCGUCGAGCAUCCUGCGCACUCACAUCCGCCAGCACUCGGGAGAGAAGCCCUUCAAGUGCAAACACUGCGGCAAAGCCUUCGCCUCGCACGCCGCCCACGACAGCCACGUCCGGCGCACGCACAGUAAGGACAAGGGCUGCGCUUGCUCCGUGUGCGGCCAGCACUUCCCGGAGCAGGAGGAGUUGCACUUCCACAUGCAGUUUCACGCCGCUCGCUAG